GAGAUCGAGGACAUGAAGAAGCGGUUGAAGGAGAUCGAGGAUGAGGCUGGUGCACUCCGCGAGAUGCAGGCGAAGGUGGAGAAGGAGAUGGCCGCCGCUGGUCAAGAUUCUUCAAGUGCUGCUGUAACGCAAGCUGAGAAGGAGGAGGUUGAUUCACGUUCAAUUUAUGUUGGUAAUGUUGACUACGCUUGCACCCCGGAGGAAGUACAGCAGCAUUUCCAAUCCUGUGGCACUGUAAACCGUGUUACGAUUUUAACUGACAAGUUUGGUCAACCCAAGGGAUUUGCCUAUGUCGAGUUUGUUGAAGUUGACGCUGUUCAAAAUGCUCUCCUUUUAAACGAAUCGGAACUGCAUGGCCGUCAGUUGAAGGUGUGUGCUAAAAGAACCAACAUUCCAGGAAUGAAACAGUACAGGGGUCGGCGACCAUCUCCUUAUGGGACUUUUCGAUCUCGACGGCCUUACAUGCCACCCCCUUUUUAUUCACCUAUGGGAUAUGGGAAGGCUCCACGGUUUAGGAGGCCCAUGCGCUACAGGCCGUACUAUUGAAUUAUGUGUUUUACUUCACUGUCAACCCUCCAAGACAUUUAGUAGGGUGGCAGGUGAUCAGCUUGAAGUUUCAAUUUGUUGUGUAUUUGCUGCAGUGAUCUAUUUAACACGGAACUUCUAUUACUGCACGUAAUAGCUGAAGCCAUAAAUUCUUUUUGCAGUUUGUCUUUUCUCUUAACUAAUCUAUGAAGCAAUCAUUUGUUGUUGACAUCCGACUUGCUUAUUGGCCAGAACUUUCAAACCAGCCAUCAUGGCAUCAAUUCACAUCAGUUGUAGUGGUCAAGUGUUAGUAUACUUUUGAUUAUAACGGAUCGGCACUA